AUGGAUGGUUUUAUUCCUGGGCAAAUAUUCACAACGUCGGCUAGUUUGGUUGAUAGCGUUGAUAAAAAGUUAUUAGUUGUUCUUCGAGAUGGCAGAAAACUUAUAGGAGUAUUGAGGUCUUUUGAUCAAUUUGGUAUGUUGGCUAGGAACGAAUUCGAGAAUGAUACAGUCGAGCGGAUAUACGUGGGUGAUGCGUAUGGAGAUAUUCCCAGAGGAAUCUUCAUAAUACGUGGCGAGAAUGUUGUUUUGCUUGGUGAAAUCGAUCUCGAUAAAGAAGAUAUCCUACCGUUGCGAGAAAAGCCCAUAGACGAAAUACUGGCCGAACAGAGAGAAGAAAUUGAAGACCGACAGAAACGAGACAAGCUAAAAAAUAAAAUGUUACAUGAUCGAGGGUUCAGUGUUGAUUUUACCGAAACUGAUUUGUAUUAA